ACUUCAAUGAGCGCUGUUGUUGUGAAGAGUCUGUGCGCUACACACUGAACGCCGCGGACCCGAAGUCUCCAAGCAGAGCGAGCGCGCCGCAGGGGGACACCUUUUUUUUAUUAUUAUUAUUAUUACGGGUGAACAACAACUCCGAAGUUUCAAGAGGAGUUUUUUUUUGAACAUUUGUGAGCUUUGCAUCGAGAGGCACCAAAGUGGAUAAAAGUUUGGGGCAGAGGCUGUUCGAGCGCAUUCCAGCGGACUUUGGAUUACUUUGCCAAGAGUUUCAAGCCUAUCAUCACCAUGUUACAUUACUUGCUGGUCCUCUUCCUCUCUUCUGGACUGGUGCUAUCCUACAACUGCCCGACAGAGUGUAACUGCCAGACCCAGGAGACAAUAUUCUGCAUUCGCAGCCAAUCCACAACUGUUCCCCGUGUUCCCACUACCACUCAAACUCUCUACGUCUUUCAGAACAGCAUUGUCACAUUGUCACAAGAUGACUUCAAAGGUCUAACGGAGCUGGAGUUGUUAGAUCUGAGCCAAAAUGAGCUGUCAGAGAUUCCUGAUGGCGUAUUUCAGAUGCUGUCAAAAUUGAAGAACUUAGACCUGUCCGCAAACCAGAUUACUCACAUUUCCAAAUACAGUUUUUCUGGGUUGGUCCAGCUAGAGAGGCUGUAUCUCCAUACAAACCGCAUUCAGAACAUUCAUUUGGAAGCUUUUGAAGGUUUAGAGAUGCUGCUGGAACUCAAGCUGCAAGGGAACCAACUCACCUCUCUGCCAUCCAUUCGUUUCCCUAGGCUUCUCCUUCUAGACCUCAGCUACAACAACAUUCCAGCCCUGGGGCCUUCGGAUCUACACACUCCCCACCUGGAGGCCCUUAAGAUAGCCUCUUUAGGGCUUACCUCUGUGGAUGAAGAUCUCAUAGCCUCCUUGAAGAACCUUCAUGAGCUCGAUAUCUCCACCAACCAAUUGGAUGAGGUUCCCCAAGCCUUAAAGCAGGACUCCCUCAAGGGGCUGAUCAAGCUGAGCUUGGCUGCUAACCCACUGGGUGAGCUAAGGGUUGAAGACUUUCAGAAACUGUCUGGACUUCAAGACCUGGACGUUAGUGGGCUUAAUCUGCAGGGAUUUCCCCAUAGUUUUUUCCAAACCUUCCCUAGAUUGAUGCAUCUGACAGCAGCUGAGAACCCAUUCAACUGUUUGUGUCCAUUAGCCUGGUUCCCUGUCUGGCUUAAAGAGAAAGGUGUGACGCUUGGGAGGCCUGAGGAAACUAGAUGCCACUUUCCUCUUGUUAAUGCUGGAAAAACACUUGCAGCACUGGAGCACAAAGAUUUUGGAUGUCCACCAACCACAACAGUUCUGACUGGCUCCCCCAUUGGAACUACUUAUGUUCCCCAGGUAGCAACUACAUCUCCAGAAACCCCACGCACCAAUGCUAUUCCUCCUCCACCACCACCCAGUGAAGAGACCGUCUCCUCAAAAACAGAUAACUAUAACCUUUCGCCAGAGCCUCCAGUCUCCCCCACCAGUGGGGAACACGAGCACUUCUGCCCACCAAACAUCUGCCUUAAUGGAGGCACUUGUAAUUUCGACCCACUAGGCCAACUGAGCUGUUUGUGUCCCUCAGGAACAUCUGGUCUCUACUGCGAAAGUGUGGAUGAGGUCCCUGAGCCACCGAAAACCUCACCAACAGAAGUUUCUGUAGUUACCCCUAUGAUACUUGGUAAACUUGAUGCCAUCACUUCCCGACAGGUGACCUCUACUUCAAUACUUCUUGACCUGCACCGUUUCAUUGAGACACGGCCACAUAUCCGUGGCAUCAGGUUGACCUACCGGAACCUCUCAGGGCCGGACCGGCGCCCCAUUAUACUGAGUGUACCAGCAACCUACCCUGAGUACACUUUGCGUGGCUUGAGACCCAACUGUACCUACUCAGUCUGUGCCAGCCCAAUGGGGGAGAAAAUCAACUCUAGGGCCAACAACUCUGUAGAAAUAGGGUCUUGUACAGAGGCUCGCACUGAAGGAGUUCCAUUGACAUCUUUAGAGCCCUGGGUGGAGACAAAGACCUCAGUGAAGUACACUCUCAUCUCUGCUCUGGCUACCCUGGCACUGGUCCUGGGGUUAGCUGUAGUGGCUGGGACGAUUAUUUGUCUGAGGAAGAGGAGGCAUGCUAAUGCAGGAUUGGAAUUGGAGUUGGGCCCGGCUGAUCCUGAUCCCAUGGAACUGGAAGGGAUAAAGGCCUGUCUGGAGAACGGAGGAAAUGGCACACUACCCCACAAGCAACCUGAGAUUGAUCGUUGUCACACUCCUCAGUCGCCUCACUUUGUGCAGCAAAAUGGAGGUUUGGACUAUGACGUACCCUUGAUGCAAGGUCACUGCCCAUCAAAUAACAAUCUAUCAUCCCUGAAGCCAUCUUAUUUCUAACUCUUGUUAGUCCAAAAAACUGAGAACCUUCACAGACAUAACACUUGGGAGGACUUUGGAAAGCGUGACCCUCAGACUAGUGCUGAGUUAGUGAUUCAAAUCCAAUUUUCAUUCCAAUUUCAGCUAUCCAGACUUUGAAAAGCGGCACUUACUAUCCUUUAUUGUGGAAGGAUGACACUACAGAAUGGAUCAUCUAUUUCAGAGAUGCUGAAAGAUUACAGCAUAUUGGAUAUGUGCUAAACCACCGUAGGACAGUGAACAGUAUGUGGUUUAAAGUCACCAAGCAGUGUCUGAUGGUGGUGAAAAUCAAUCAAAUGAUUAAAUUAAGUGCAAUUGACUAGAGGGGCCUUAGUAGCAGUCUGAAAACAGAAGUGCCUUUUUGCAUUGACGUAACUGUAACUGACAGCUCGUUUUAAUUCCUUUGUUUAUAUAAAAAAAACAAUGUGAAUGAGCUGUAAUCCUGUUGCUGGAUUUCGGGGAUAUGGUAGAAAAGGGCUCAGCGUUUGGGCUACAGAACUGGAGGACAUGAGCCUGGUUGAACUGAAAACAGUGAUACAGAUGUCGACUCGCCUGGAUCACAUGUCACAGUUCACAGUGGAGUUUCAAUGACUCCAUGAGGAUUUAAAAAAAGAUCUUGCACUGAAAAGAAAUAUUCUUUUUCCUUCCCAAUGUUCCUCUCACAUACUGCCACAAGACUAACGAUCAUAGGGAAAUGCAAUAAGAACAAAUACCUUUUGAAAAUCAGUAGUAGUAAUAAGUUAGCAAACACAAAAGUUGUCUAAACUCCAUAUUUUUGUUAACAUCAGACCAGAAAAAAAAUACAUUUUUUUUUUAUGUCGAUUAAUAUUUUUCUGUGGUCAGAUCUAAGAUAACGUUUUGGCUGCGUGAGAGAUACAUUUGCUGUGAAAGAUAAAUUGGAAUUGGACUUGCCUGCAUUGUUCUGUGCCAUGAUGGACAGGCUGUUGUGGCUAGUUGAUAUUAUCAUGUUCUGUUUUUGUUGUUGUUUGUUUUUUUGUUUUUUUUUUAAUUUUUUAUCAUGUAUUUUUGUUGUUGUUUGUUUCCAUUCAGUAUUGCAGUUGUUGUGAGUUGAAACAUGAAUCGUUGCUGCUUGAAAAAGCCUGCAUACAUCGUCAUUGAUUAUGAUAGUGGUCUCUUUGCAUUUUAGGUUACACGUAGCUAAAACCUUACUGAGCUACUUGCAGUAAAAAGUGGAAUUAGGCUUAAUACUAGCUCAGGUUCUUGGGGGUCCGAUUUUAAAAGGAACAGCAGUGACCAAUUGUCCACUAAAAUCUCUACUAACGUAAAAUAAUUUGAUCAAAUUUCUUCUGUUUUUGCCAGCAUAUCUCUAAGUAACUCACCAAGUGAAUGUAACGGUUGAGUGUAAGACGCUUUAUUCUCUGUGCCAGGUCUGCCAACGCUCCAUAAAGACAUGGUUAAGACAAGCCUCAGACUGUUUUUGAACACCAGCGCUCCCCACACUGUGUUCAAAGGCCUCCCGCCACCGAGGACAGUCCUAUAAAGCAGCGCACACGUGCCAAGUUAAGAAAUAUCUUCAAAGAGAUUCAAGGCAAUGUUCAGUUUUAGGCACUAGUUUCCUCUUCAUGCUGCAGACCAUAUCAUCUAGUCGGUAUCCCCCACUUGCUUUUUUCUCUUUUUCUUAUACCCUCUUGCCAGUCUACUCUCACCAUCCAGUGGGUUUUUGGUCUGCAGCGAUCAGUGGCUUGGAGACUAUUUUGCUUGUUUACCGCCAACCAGACUGUGAAAUAUACAGGCUAAAUGCAGCGUACUGGUGUAUUUUUUUUCCCAGUCUGGAGGCCGUACAAGCUAUUAGUGUUCUUUUUUUAUAUUUAAAUUAGAUUGAAAACAUUUUUUUAAACCUCUCGGUAUAACCAGUUUACAGAGACAGACCUUAGCACCAUUGGUACAUGGCCUCAUGACGUCUUUUAGUGUCAUAUCAGAUGCUGAUGUAUAUGUGAAGAACAGCAGGGCCUUUGUUUUGUCUUUACAACAAAUUGCAUUACAUUACAUUACAAACUAAAAAUGAAGAAACAUGAGUGUAAUGCAAUGAAUUUAGUCAGGCUUUAGAAACAUACCAUGACUGGUUGUUGGUUGUGUCACCAGUGAAAUCUCAUAUUACAGUGUGUUAAAGGUUUGUUCAGGUUAUUAUUAUUUUUUUUUUCUAAUGCUUUUAGCUCAGCACAUUGUCGAAUCCAUGCACUACGCUAGAACAGACGUACCAUUUUCUGGCUUCACUACUUCCUGUCAAUAUUCCAGCAUAAACACCGACCCAGAUGCUCAUAUAUCUGCUUUCCCACAACAUCCGGCAUCAACUGGAAGACUGUCUGUGUUGCUCUGGACAGCGAGAGGGGGGCAGAAUAUGUUUGAAAUGUUUCAACAUACAUGAACUUCCCUGUUUAUUUAGGGAGAACCUGUCUUUUUUGUUUUUAUUGUUGUUGUAUGUUUGUCUGUUGUAUUUCUGUGUACAUUUGUUUUGUUAUUUUGCCAGAAGAGAAAUGCUGAGAGAAAGAACAGUAUUAAAAUGCUCUAAUGAUAA